AUGCUGUCAGAGUCACUUGAGUUCUAUGGAAAGGGCUCACGGGCUAUGCUAAGCAUAUGUAUAGCCCGUGUGUACCAACAGAUACAAGCCAUCGGGCAUCGAUGGUCAUACCAGGCGACCCCGUCAACGAAAAAUGUGGUAGUACUCGGUGGCUCCUACGCCGGCAUCAACCUUGCCCAGCGACUGACAGAGACGUUGCCGACAGGCUACCGAGCGGUCUUGAUUGAGAAGAACUCGCAUUUCAACCAUCUCUAUGUGUUCCCCCGAUUUGGCGUGGUUCCGGGAAUGGAGCGGUCUGCUUUCAUUCCAUAUACCGGGAUUGCCAGCCGUGCACCUGAUGGUAUCUUUCAACGUAUCCAAGACUCCGCAACGAGCGUUACACGAAAUAAGGUCGAACUCGCGUCUGGCAAGAGCAUUGACUAUGAGUAUCUUGCUAUUGCAACAGGGUCAUGGCAAUCCCCACCCGCAAAGCUGAUAUCUGAAAACAAGGAGGAUGGGUGUGCAGAAAUGUGUGUGGCUCAGAAUCAAGUUCAGAAUGCCAAAAAAAUUGUGGUGAUAGGAGGAGGUCCUGUGGGAAUUCAAGUUGCAACUGAUAUCAAGAGCUUCUUUCCAGCUAAGGAUGUUACCCUUAUUCAUUCGCGGCAUCAACUCUUGCCAAACUUUGGUCCGCGGUUGCAUGGGCAUGUUCUGCAGAUUCUUAACCGGUUAAAUGUUAAGACGAUGUUGGGCGAACGGCCACAGAGCAUUACAGAAGCGGUAGAUCAGACCACUCUAAGCAACCGGGAGUCGGCGCUGCAGUUUAAGAAUGGUCAUAAAGAGGCGUAUGAUUUAGUGAUCCGAUGCACGGGACAACGCCCAAAUUCGAGCAUUCUCGCUAAGCAUUUUCCUUCCUCAAUAAGCAAAGAAACAGGCCAGAUCCUCGUGCAUCCAACUCUGCAGGUCAACGACGGUACUGAACUAGAAAACAAACACAUCUUUGCACUAGGAGAUGUCGCCAAAACCGAUGGCCCCAGGAUGGGCCGGGCUUGUCAAUCCCAGGCAGAAAUAGUCACGUCCAAUAUCCUGGCACUGAUCAACAAGCAGGAUCAGCUUGUUGCAUAUCGGCCAUCUAUCGUUGAUAGAGUUAUCAAGUUAACCCUAGGCAAGAACGACUACGCCUGGUACGUGAAAGACGACGGUGGCCGCGAACUGAUGGUAGCGGGCAAAGGGGGAGGUGUCGACCUCAGCGUUGGCCAAGCCUGGAGCAAGCUUGGGGUCAGCCAGAAGGAAAGCACCGCGUAA